CUCCUGACCUCGUGAUCCGCCUACCUCGGCCUCCCAAAGUGCUGGGAUUACAGGGGUGAGCCACCGUGCCUGGCUGUUUUGCUUUGUUUUCAACCACUAAAAGGCUGGAUUCGUUUAACAUACUGAAUUCUGCUUUACAGAAGAAAACACCUUUUAACUGUGUGACUGAUUACAGGCAAGUUCUUGUGCCCCGGUUUCUGCAUCAGAAAAUGAGCUUAUAACAGUACUUGUCUCACAGUUUUAGGAGAAUUAAAUGAGUUAUAUGUAAAGCAAUUAAAACAGCUCCUGACAAAGAGUAAACACCAUAUAAAUAUUCAUUAAAUAACAUACAAACAUGCCAGGUUGGGAAAAUCAGUAAGCAAAGGAGUCAGGAAAUUCCAAGUUGGUUAUCACGACUCUUGGCCCACAGGGCUUUAAUCCAGGUCCCCUUGUCUCCUACCCUUGCUGCCAUCCCAGUGUCUCCAGGGAGUAAGUAGAAAUAAAGAUCCGAUCUCACCUCUUGAGCAUUUUCCCCUCCCCUGAAAGCCCAUAAUCACUUAGCACAGUCAGAGCUUAAGGCGCCAGGCUCCAAAGAAGAUUAAAGGAACAGUUUGUGGGGUGCACUGGGCAGGAAUACCCUCCUCUGAGUUCAAUCAUCUUGCACUCUAAGAAUCACCACCAUGGCCCUUGUGCCAGGGAGAAGCAAGGAGGAUGGGCUUUGGACUACAAAUAGCCCAGGCUCCUCCCAGCAUCCAGAUCCCAGGCUGCCCAACCCUCUCUGGGACAGAGGAAAAACUGGCAAGGUUGAAGGUCACUGGCAUAUUCAGGAUACUUCCCCACCCUGUGUCUGGCAGCCGGCUUACCCUCCAAUUUGGCCCAACCUCCUUGCUGUCCCUAUUCAGGAUUUCUCUCAAAAGUCCCAUCUGCUGUCUAUUGUGGUGGAAGCCUCUGAGGUGAAUGAAGAGAGUGGGGAUCUCCAUUCGCCUCAUGAGGAGCUGCUGCUGCUCACUGAUGGUGAGGAAGAGGAUGCUGAGGCCUUCCUCCAAGACCCAAGUGAAGAGCCAGGCUGGGCUUGCAGCCCACAGAACACUUAACACUGGACUUAGCUGGGGGCAGACCAGGAUGAUGAAGAUGCUUGUUGGAUUCUUGAGGACACAAAGUGUCUGGAAGCCACCAACCACUGUCCCUUCUGGGACUCAGCAACAGGUUCCUGUGUUUGUUGAAGGGGCUUUGUGGAAUAUUCUUGUCUCCUGCCUCCUAAUAGCUUUGAGGGUAAGCAUUGUUCCCUCCCUCUCAAACAUCUCAUCCAGGUUUAUGAAGCUCCUUAUACCCAUCCUCUCACAAUCUCCUUUUACAGGUGAGAAAAAUGAGGCUUACAGUUUAGGCCACUAGAUUAUACAAGUCAGUCGGCGCCGGGGUUUGGAUUCAGUUCCUGUCUGCUGCUUUUAGGAGCUCCAGUUAGUUGAAACUGGGGAAAGACCCACUUGUACCUUCUCUUUUCAGCAUUCAUCUUGUGCUAAAUAUUGCACACAUCAUUGUAUGCAAUCUCUGUAACCCCAGAUUAUUCCCACUCUGCAGAUGAGUAAACUGAGGAACAGAAACAUUCAGCAA